GAAGAACAGGAGGCGUGAGCUUCCGGGUUUCAAAAAUCUCCGUUGCAACUGUAACCAUCAGCACCAGAAGGAGACUCAACAACAUCCGCUUCGAGAUGGGGUCACCCAAAAAACAUGCAAACAGAGCCAGUCUGCAUUCUCCUGGUACGGAAAUGGAACCCCUAAUUCCCCCCGUCAAUGAACGCCUGGGGUACCUUCGUCCUUCCCGGGAACUUUUAGAGUUCUACAGGAAUAAGAUUUCCCAGUUUGACGAGGAGCAGGAGCAGCUGCUUAAAAUGUUGGAGAGGUACAAGAGCAUGAUUGAGAACCAGGACAAGCUCGAGGGUGAAGUGCGGCAACGUGAAGGAGAGAUUGCAGAGCUGCAGAAUGCGCUGAGUGACAUGCAGAUGUACCUUUACCAAGAAAGAGAACAGUCUUUGAGGCUUCAUGCAGAAAACGACCGACUAAAGAUCAGAGAGCUGGAGGACAGGAAAAGAAUCCAACACCUUCUUUCACUGGUGGAUCAUGAUGAUGGAGAGAUCACAUACUUCCUACGGGAGCCUCCUCAUAAGGUGACUGUCAAACAGAAGCACCUUGAGUCGACGGAGGAGAAUCUUAAUCUCAGGCCAACAAAGUUGAAACCUGAUACGACCGGCAAAGCGAGAGCAGAGAUGAGGUUCAAGAGAGCCAAAUUUGCUGAUCCAUGUACUGGCGAAACUUUGGAAAAAUAUAAGAAUGAGAACCAAACUUUGAUGCUUCAGGUGGAGGCUCUCCAGGCUCAACUAGAGGAUCUAACCCGACUAACUAAAGAGCAGCUCCAGUCACUACAGGAUGACCGACAGAUUAAAAGUGAAGAGGUCCAGGCUGAAAGGCAGAGAGAUGAGCAGCGCAUUGCCAUUUUGACAAACAAGCUCCAGCAAACACAGAACCUACUUUACGAAAGCACAAAAGAUUUCCUACAGCUCAAAUUGGACACAAGAGCUCAGGAAAAGAUAUGGAUGGCGGAGAAGGACCAUCUGUUCGGGGAACUGGACGGAUGUCAAGAGCAUCUAAGGAAAGCCGGAUUUGAUGAUUUUGAAGUUGGGCAACUGCAGCCAACCAGAAGGAGCCCGACUCAGGUCAGCCUGACCCCUUUUGCUGCUGCUGCUACUUCUAACGGGGUCAUCUCAAAUUGGACUCCUGCUCCUGCCGGGGGAACCUCAAGUUGGACUGCAGCUCCUAUCGGCGUCACCUCCAGUCGAGGUGCUCCAGAUCCUACCGGGGUCACCCCAAGUUGGCCUGCAGAUCCUGCCGGGGUCACCCCAAAUUGGCCUGCAGAUCCUGCCGGAGUCACCCCAAGUUGGCCUGCAGGUCCUACCAGGGUCACACAAAGUUGGACUGCAGGUCCUACCGGUGUAAACCCUAGUCGUGGUGCUGCAGGUCCUAGCAGUGUCAACCCCAGUCUAGGUGCUGCGGGUCCUAGCGGUAUCAACCCCAGUCGUGGUGCUGCAGGUCCUAGUAGUGUCAACCCCAGUGUAGGUGCUGCAGGUCCGAGCGGUAUCAACCCCAGUCGUGGUGCUGCAGGUCCUAGCAGUGUCAACCCCAGUCGUGGUGCUGCGGGUCCUAGCAGUGUCAACCCCAGUCGUGGUGCUGCAGGUCCUAGCGGUGUCAACCCCAGUCGUGGUGCUGCGGGUCCUAGCGGUGUCAACCCCAGUCGUGGUGCUGCAGGUCCUAGCAGUGUCAACCCCAGUCGUGUUGCUGCAGGUCCUAGCUAUGUCAACCCCAGUCGUGUUGCUGCAGGUCCUAGCGGUGUCAACCCCAGUCGUGGUGCUACAGGGCCUACCGGUGUCAACCCUAGUCUAGGUGCUGCAGGUCCUAGCGGUGUCAACCCCGGUCGUGGUGCUGCAGGUCCUACCGGUGUCAACCCCAGUCGUGGUGCUACAGGGCCUACCGGGGUCAACCCCAGUCGCGGUGCUACAGGUCCUACCCGGGUCACCUCACAUUGGACUGCUGCUCCCAUCGGGGUCAGCCCAAGUCAAGGUGAUGCGGCAGCUGCUCCUCUUACUUCUGCCACUACCGGGGUCAGCCAAAGUCGCGUUGCUGCUACUACUACCAGGAUCAGCUCGAGUCGGGCUCCUACUUCUACUGGGAUCAGUUCCACUCGGAUCCACAAGCAGCCUCAGCCUCAGCCUCAGAGACAUGAGGAAGAGAUCAAGUCCAUGCAAGACCAUUUCAAGGAAGCCCAACGUAUGGCAGAGAUGUACAGAGAACAGUGCAUCGCCUUGGAAACUGAACUGGCCCAAGCCAGGGAGCAGGGGGACGCAGGCAGGGAAAUAUAUAAGGAGCGUGUCAGCAAAACGGCUAAGCGUCUCCAGGCCAUGACUCAGCGUUAUGAGGCACUGGAGAAAAGGAGGAACCUGGAGGUGGAGGGCUUCAAAACAGACCUGAAGCAACUCAGACGUAAACUGAAGGAUGUAGAAAAACAGCUUUUACAGGUAACCCUUAAUAUUGGGCCUAACCAGGACCUAGCUAUUCUCCAAGAGGUCCGGGAGAGCAACAACAGGACAAAGAAGGUCCAGAAUGGGCUGACGGCGUUAAAGGCGAAGAUUUAUGGACUGGAAAAUGAACUGCGAUUUUGCUGAGGAAUAGAUCAAUAUUUUCUGUUACACAGAUGCAUUAAAUAAGCUUUGUGAGCUUUACUCCAAUCACGUUUACAGUAUAGUUGUACUAUUGUUUUAUUAGUACUAUAUGCAAUAUUUUGGUGCUAAUAAAUAUAUUUUUAAAGUAAGA